AUGACAGUCUUUGUGGUUUCACUGUUCCUACCCCACACUAUCAACUUCACUCUCCCUAAUUCGAACUCUCCUCGUGGCCGUCCUGCCAUUCCAAGACGAUCAACCACCAAGUCCACUACCCGAAUUGACACAUCUACCAAGCAGCCAAGUCUUUUCGACCCCCAGAUUACCCCACCUCAGACACCAAUCGCAGAUAUUGUCGACCAUGAUGAGUUCUUUGCCCAGAACGAGAAUAUUGAGCGAGGGUUGAACCACUUCCCCAAGCAAGAAGGCCCUCGAUCUACAAUAGCUCCCAGCGAUCCGCACUCUCCAGCAUGGGGUGCCGGUCGAGUCUUCACCCAACCUCGAUCAAGAGCUAGCUCUCCUCCUCCCGCAGACAUAUUGAAGCACAAUAAGACUGUGGAGAAGGCGAAGGCCCUUGGUAGAGCAGGUGUGCGACAACCCCAAUUGGACAGAAGUGACAGCCAUGAUCGUGUGUUUGCCCAUGCUGACUGGACUGUUGUACCAGCAGACCAAGGCAAUGGUGGACUCCGGAAUGCUGUCCAAGCUGCGGUUCGAAACGGGAAGCUGAAUGACAAGAUCUGGGUCGGAACUUUGGGAAUGCCCACUGAUGCCCUUGGGGAUAGUCAACAGAAGCAAGAUAUCGAGGACAAAUUGGCGACUGAGCACGACUCGUUGACGGUGUUCUGCAAAGACAGUGAUUUUGAUGGACACUACACUCAUUAUUGCAAGCAGAUUCUCUGGCCUGUCUUUCAUUAUCAAAUUCCUGACAACCCGAAGAGCAAAGCUUACGAAGAUCACUCAUGGAUCUACUAUGUCAAGGUCAACCAGGCCUUCGCAGACAAGAUUGUGAAGAACUGGAAACGCGGCGAUGUCAUCUGGGUUCAUGACUAUCAUCUACUUCUUGUGCCAGCUAUGGUUCGAAAGAAGCUUCCAGAUGCUAAGAUUGGAUUUUUCCUCCAUGUUGCAUUUCCCUCGUCCGAGGUUUUCCGCUGCUUGGCUGUGCGAAAGGAACUCUUGGAAGGUAUGCUCGGUGCCAACUUGAUCGGAUUCCAGAUCCACGAGUAUUCUCGCCACUUUCUUCAAACAUGCAGCAGGCUGCUUUGUGUGGAGGCUACCAACGAUGGUGUUCAGCUCGACGAUCGAUUCGUUGAUGUCGUCAAUCUAGCCAUUGGCAUCGAUCCUGUGGCGUUGGAUCUGAAUCGUGAUGACCCGAAUGUUGGGGAAUGGAUGGCCACCAUGCAGGAACGAUAUCGUGGGAAGAAGCUUAUUGUUGCACGAGAUAAAUUGGACCACGUGAGAGGCGUGCGACAAAAGCUGCUUGCAUAUGAGUUGUUCUUGAACAAGUAUCCCGAAUGGCGAGAUCGGGUUGUGCUUAUCCAGGUCGCGACAUCUACGACCGAGCAGGCUGAGCUUGAUGCGACCGUCUCGGACAUUGUCACGAGAGUCAACUCCUCUUGGGCAAAUUUGGCUUAUCAGCCUCUUGUUUAUCUCAAGCAAGAUAUCAGCUAUCCUCAAUAUCUUGCACUACUUACGGUCGCCGAUGCUCUCAUGAUCACCAGUCAACGAGAGGGGAUGAAUUUAACCUCUCAUGAGUACCUUUUCUGUCAAGAUGGCAAAUUUGAGGGCCACAACAAAAAUGGUGCUCUUAUUUUGAGCGAGUUCACUGGUAGUUCAUCUGUCUUUGGUGGCAAUGAGCUCUCAGUCAACCCUUGGGAUUACAGACAAUGUGCCGAGGCGAUCAAGGAUGCUCUUGAGAUGGAUGAUGCUGAGAAGAAGAUGAGAUGGGACAACCUUUAUGCUGCAAUCAUGCACCACACCGCUGAGCAUUGGUUCACUGCAUUCCUAACGAGACUUGACAAAGUCUACGCUGAGCAGCAUCGACGUAAUACUGUCUCAGUUCCUCGACUAUCGAUCAACAUGCUUGGCAGGCAAUAUCAGCAAUCUGAGAGAAGACUGUUCAUUUUGGAUUAUGAGGGUACUCUCGCUUCGUGGGGUUCUCCCAACGAUAUCAUUCUUACCAGUCCUCAACGAACUCUUGAUGUUCUGAACGAUGUCCUUCAAGAUGAGCGCAAUACUGUUUACGUGAUGUCUGGUCGACAACCCGAAGAGCUUGACCGUCUUUUCAAGCGAGUUCCAAACCUUGGACUUAUUGCUGAGAAUGGUUGUUUCCUGAAAGAGUUUGGCUCCAACAAAUGGGUCGAGAUGGCUGAUCCGGUCAAGAUGCGUGAAUGGAAAGAGUCUGUUGAAGGUAUCAUGCAUUACUACCAAGAAAGAACUCCUGGGUCAUGGAUUGAGCCUAGACAUUGCAGCCUCAUUUUCCACUACAAGAGCUGUGAGGAUCAAGAGGGUGCCAGUCGACAGGCUGGUGAUUGUGCAAGCCACAUCAACGAUGCUUGUGAGGAGCAAAGAGUUCGGGCCAUACCCAUUGAAGGUGCUGUCAUCGUGGAACCAAUCGACUGGUCUAAAGGAACCGCUGCCAUGACCAUAUUUGAAGGUCUAAAGCGUGACAUGGCACCAAAUGUCGGUCAUGACUCGCCUGUCGAUUUCCUCAUGGUUGCUGGUGAUGGCCGUGAUGACGAAGUCAUUUUCAGAUGGGCCAACGACCUUGAACGUGAUGGGAUAGUCAAGAAUGUCACGACUGUCAGUCUUGGAAUGCGUAACACUGAAGCAGGCUGUACCCUCACGCAAGGAGUUACUGGUGUUUUGACGGUCCUUCAAAAGCUCGCGAUGCUCUCUUAA